AUGGAGUGGAUGUCUAGUGUUCGUACCUGGUUGAGUGUUUCUUUCUUAGCUUCUCUUCUUCUACUAUUCAGGUGGACAAAGGCCGUGAAAGGCUCUUCAAAACAGCGACCACCAGGGCCACCAGGAUGGCCAAUUGUUGGCAACAUGUUCGAUCUUGGAACCAUGCCACACCAGACCUUCUACAAGUUAAGGGCCAAGUAUGGACCUGUUCUCUGGCUAAAGCUUGGUUUAGUAGACACUAUGGUCAUACAAUCUGCCAAGGCUGCUGCUGAAUUAUUCAAGAACCAUGACCUUCCUUUCUCCGACCGCAAAGUUCCCGAGGCAAUCACGGCCUUAGGCUACAACCAAGGAUCAUUGGCUUUUGCCAGACAUGGCCCGGACUGGCGCAUACUACGACGACUCUGCUCCAUGGAGCUCUUGGUUAACAAAAGACUCCACGAGUCGGCUCCCAUCAGGCAAAAGUGCAUCGACAAGAUGAUCGAGUGGAUAGAGGAGGAUUCAUCAUCAUCAUGUGCCCGGGGUGGAUCUGGUGGUGUGGAACUAGUUAGGUUCCUUCACAUCAUGGCUUUCAACCUUGUUGGGAACCUCAUGUUGUCAAGAGAUCUCUUGGACAUGCAGUCUGAGGCAGGGCACGUGUUUUUCGAAGCCAUGAACAUGCUCAUGCAAUGGGCUGGAAAACCUAAUGUGGCAGAUUUUGUCCCCUUCUUGAAAUGGCUCGACCCACUAGGGAUCAAGAGGAAUAUGGCCCGCCAUAUGGGACGAUGCAUGAAGGUUGUUGCUGGAUUUAUCGAUGAGAGGGUUCAUGAGAAGCAAUCAGGAAGAGAGAAGGUAAAAAAAGACUUCCUGAAUGCAUUGCUAGAGUAUGAAGGUACUGGAAAAGAAGGGCCUGACAAAAUUUCAAAGAAGAACAUGAACAUCAUAAUCCUGCUGUGUUAUUUGUAUGAAAACACAGCUAUAAUCUGCACUUUUCAAGAGAGUUCAAACUCAGAAAUGGAGUGGAUGUCUAGUGUGCUUACCUGGCUGAGUGUUUCUUUCUUAGCUUCUCUUCUUCUAUUAUUCACGUGGACUAAGGCCGCGAAAGGCUCUUCAAAACAGCGACCACCAGGGCCACCAGGAUGGCCAAUUGUUGGCAACAUGUUCGAUCUAGGAACCAUGCCACACCAGACCUUCUACAAAUUAAGGGCCAAGUAUGGACCUGUUCUCUGGCUAAAGCUUGGUUUAGUAGACACUAUGGUCAUACAAUCUGCCAAGGCUGCUGCUGAGUUAUUCAAGAACAAUGACCUUCCUUUCUCGGACCGCAAAGUUCCCAAGGCACUCACAGCCUUAGGCUACAACCAAGGAUCAUUGGCUAUGGCCCAGACUGUCGCAUACUACGACGACUCUGCUCCAUGGAGCUCUUGGUUAACAAAAGACUCCACGAGUCGGCUCCGAUCAGGCAAAAGUGCAUUGACAAGAUGGUUCCUUCACAUCAUGUCUUUCAACCUUGUUGGGAACCUUAUGUUGUCAAGAGAUCUCUUGGACAUGCAGUCUGUGGCAGGGCACGAGUUUUUCGAAGCCAUGAACAUGUUCAUGCAAUGGGCUGGGAAACCUAAUGUGGCAGAUUUUUUCCCCUUCUUGAAAUGGCUCGACCCACUAGGGAUCAAGAGGAAUAUGAUCCGCUAUAUGGGAGGAUGCAUGAAGGUUGUCGCUGGAUUUGUUGGUGAGAGGGUUCAUGAGAAGGAAUCAAGAAGAGAGAAGGUAAAAAAAGACUUCUAG